AUGGCCGUCUUGUCUGCUCCUCCUGAUUCAGCAGACAAGCCUAUCGCCACUCCGGCUGUGCAGCUGAGCAAACCGCAAUCCUUCAUAACCUCCGUCAUCAAGAAGCUGGCCAUCUGCCUCGCCAUAGUUCUUUGCGCCGUCUGGUACGCCAGCGCACACUUCUACCGCGACCCGGGAAGUGCCUUUUUCGACAGCACCCGUGCAUUCGAGUACCGAUAUUCCGCCCACCGGCUUUCCGAGAUACAGCCUCUCAUGACCGAUGACGAUGCGACUUCUCACCAGGGUAACUUCACAAAGGCGGGGGUUGACCCUGCCAUCUGCCUGGUAUUGACUUCGGUCAAGAGGGAGCGAACGCAGUAUCUAGAGACGACAGUUGCCAGCAUCCUACACGGCCUCUCAGAGGUAGAGAGGGAAAACCUCUACAUAAACGUGCUCAUCGCCGAGACGGACCCGGCCCGCCACCCGGUCUGGCACCGCGACUGGAUCCGCAACGCCGUCGACUCUAUGCAUUCCUACGACAACGUCACCAGCCAAGAGAUCGACUGGCUCACCGGCAUGAUCGACAGCAAGGACUACCAAGCCAAGGGUGUCUUUGACUACGUCUACGGCCUGCAGAGCUGCUACGAGGCCUCUGACGCGCCGUACAUCGCCAUGUUCGAGGACGACAUCCUCAUGGCGGACGGGUGGCUCGUGCGCACGCUGCUGAACCUGCAGAAGCUCCCACCGCCUGCGCCGUCGGCGCCGAGGGGUACCGGCAGCGACCACCCUACCUCCUCCUGGCUGUUUAUGCGCCUGUUCAACCAGGAGCGAUCGACGGGGUGGGAGAAGCGGUACAUUGGCGGCAACAACGAGCACUUGAUCGGCCUCGGGCUUGGCAUCGCCAUCCUCUCUGCCUGGCAGAUGGCGAGGUCCCAGUCUCGCAGUGUGCGGGCGCAGAUCGAUCCCAUAACCGUGGGGAUAUUCGCUUUCAUCUUCGUUCCGUCCAUGGUUGUCCUAUUCUUCCAGUGCGGAAAGGCGUCGCUGCUGCCUCCCUCUCCGGGGGUAGCUGCCGAGCCCUUUGGGUGCUGCUCGCAGGCCCUCGUGUUUCCACGGGAGCAGAUCCCCUCGCUCGCUCGAUACCUCAGCAGCUGGGGCCGCGGGCAGAUCGAUCUCCUGCUCAGGCACCGGGCCCUCUCCAGCAAGCUCGACACAUACUCCAUGUACCCUGUCAUGGCGCAGCAUCUAGGUCUCGACUCUGCGAGGAUGACAGACGAGGCUGAGGCCCAAGCCAUCUGGAGUAUGGCGUUUGAGGACCUCGACCCUCAGAUGCUUGCCUUGACGCACGGUGCCAUGGUGGACAAGUAUGAGGAAGCAUACAUGUAUGGGUUUUAG